CCGGCGCCCUCCCCGUCGGCCCCCACGGCCCGUCGCCGAGUCGCCGAUCGAAGCGGAGAGGUGCCUCUGGUCUCUCGAAGCCAUAUUCCUUUAAGAUGAUGUAAUACUCAUUUCCCUGGAUGGUUUCUUCCCCGCACUGCUGAAACAACGGCAUCCGAACUGCACUGGGAUCCGUGGAACCACCCAGACCGGCGAGCGGCCGGAGCCACGGAGGCAGCCCAGACGGCCGGGCCGGGCCGGUAGCCCGGCUUCACCGGGCGGGGCGACGGACGCCGCGGCCCGACCCUCCCGGCCCCUCUCCGGAAAGGCGGGAACCUGGCCGCCCUUGCCGGCGGGUAGGACGACACCCCGGGGGCCCGCCGGAGCCCGUCCGUCCGCUGGGGCGUCUCUGCCAAUCUUUCAAGUCUGCGCCUCCCCCUCGUUCUGAGGGAUCUUCAUUUUUCCAUCUCGUGCGUCUGUGCGCGCGCGUGUCUGGCGGCGGGGGGCGUGAGGGGGCUUCGUCCGACGUCGUGUUUUUUCCGCCUUUCCUCGUUUCCCCCACCACCGUUAACUUUGCGGGGCGUGCUCCGACUCGCGAUCCGGAGUGGAUUUUUCUAAGGAGACAACUUCUGGCACUUGCCGGCGCGAUUUCUGCUCGUCUCCCGGCUGGGAUCCGCCGGGGACCGGGGCUCCAUGGGGCUACGUAUCCCGAUGGCCGGGCAGAUGGAUUCUCUCUCACGGGACUCGGGUCUCAAACUGUCACCGAGACAGACCCGUGAAUGACUGGUCUCGGCUCGACCUCGCAGUCCGGGCCGGACGGAAGAUAGGAUGUAGACGAGUCGAUCGCAUUUCCCCAAGUGAUCGGACCCUGCCGGUCGGGGCUUAGGCCGCCCUCUCGGGAUCGGCGAUCCCCGCCCCCGGGGACGGUCCCGCUUUUUCGAAAUCUCCCGUUCGCGGAACGCCGGCCGGAGAAGGAGGGGGAGGGCCCCCCCGGGGCCGAGGGGUCGCGAUUUCCGUGCCGACGGCCGAUGCGAGAGAUCGGACCGAGCCCCGCUUGGAUCGCGCCUCCUUCUUUCGAGGGACGAUGGCUCUGAGCGGAAACUGCCGGACCUCUCUCCCCCCCAGGGACCUGGGGAUCCUGCCCGGCUCCUUCCCCGACGUGGUGGAACUGAAUGUGGGGGGCCAGGUUUACUUCACGCGGCAUUCCACCCUGACCGGCGUCCCCCACUCCUUCCUCUGGAAGAUGUUCUCUCCCAAGCGGGACCCGGCCAGCGACCUGGCCAAGGACUGCAAGGGAAGGUACUUCAUCGACCGUGACGGGUUCCUGUUCCGUUACAUCCUGGACUAUCUCAGGGACAAGCAAGUGGUCCUGCCCGACCACUUCCCCGAGCGGGGGAGGCUGAAGAGGGAGGCGGAGUACUUCCAGCUGCCGGAUCUAGUCAGGCUCUUGUCUCCGGAGGAGGUCGGGCAGAGCCCGGACGAUUACUGCCACAGCGAUUUCGAGGAGGGCUCCCAGGGCAGCGACACGCGGCCCUGCGCCCCGUCGGCCCUGCUCCCCGCGGACCGCAGGUGGGGCUUCGUCACCGUCGGCUACCGGGGGUCGUGCCUCGUGGGCCGAGAGAGUCAGGCCGACGCCAAGUUCCGGAGGGUCCCCAGGAUCCUGGUCUGCGGGAGGAUCGCCCUGGCCAAGGAGGUCUUCGGAGAAACUCUGAAUGAGAGCAGAGACCCCGAUCGAGCCCCGGAGAGGUACACCUCCAGGUUCUAUCUCAAGUUCAAGCACCUGGAGAGGGCUUUCGACAUGUUGUCCGAGUGCGGAUUCCACAUGGUGGCCUGUAAUUCCUCCGUCACGGCCUCUCCGGUCAAUCGGUACACCGACGACAGGGUCUGGUCCAGCUACACCGAAUACGUCUUCUACCGGGAACCUUCGAGGUGGUCCUCCUCACACUGCCACUGCUGCUGCAAGAACAUGAAAGGCGAUAAAGGUGGGGAGAGCGGCACCUCAUGCAACGAGCUCUCCACCUCCAGCUGCGACAGCCAGUCGGAAGCCAGCUCCCCGCAGGAGACGGUCAUCUGCGGUCCCGUGACCCGCCAGUCCAACAUUCAGACUCUGGACAGGCCCUCCAAGAAGGGUCCCGUGCAGCUGGUCCAGCAGUCCGAGAUGCGGCGGAAAAGCGACCUCCUUCGGACUCUGACCACGGGCUCCCGGGAGUCCAACGUGAGCAAAAAAAAAUCCGCCAAGGAAAAGCUGUCCAUCGAGGAGGAGCUGGAGAAGUGCAUCCAGGAUUUUCUCAAGAUCAAAAUCCCCGACAGGUUCCCCGAGCGGAAGCACCCUUGGCAGUCGGAACUCUUACGGAAGUACCAUCUAUAGGAGCGGGGCGGGGUGGGAUGGGGCGGGGGGCGGCGCUCGGCCGCCUUAUUGCCGUGUCCAAAUAAACGACCGCGAUGGGGAGAUGCAUCUUU